AGUGUAACCGUUGCCGGGCUCCGUAGCCUGCGCCGCUUCGCCUCCUGGGCACUUGAGGCGGCCGCCCGGCGGUCCUGCGGCUCUCCCUCCUGCCGCUGCGGGCCGCGGGGCCAAGGCCAUGUCCCGGAAGCAGGCGGCGAAGAGCCGGCCGGGCAGCGGCAGCCGGAAAGCCGAGGCUGAGCGCAAGCGGGACGAGCGGGCGGCGCGUCGGGCCCUGGCCAAGGAGCGGCGGAACCGGCCGGAGCCCGGCGGCGGCGGCGGCUGCGAGGAGGAGUUCGUCAGCUUCGCCAAUCAGCUGCAGGCCCUGGGGCUGAAGCUGCGGGAGGUGCCGGGGGACGGCAAUUGCCUAUUCAGAGCUCUUGGUGAUCAGUUGGAGGGACACUCACGAAAUCACCUCAAGCACCGACAAGAGACAGUGGACUACAUGAUAAAGCAGCGAGAAGAUUUUGAACCCUUUGUAGAAGAUGACAUUCCUUUUGAGAAACAUGUGGCCAGUUUGGCAAAGCCUGGAACAUUCGCUGGCAAUGAUGCAAUUGUAGCCUUCGCAAGAAAUCAUCAGUUGAAUGUGGUGAUUCAUCAACUUAAUGCCCCUUUGUGGCAGAUUCGUGGUACGGAUAAGAGCAACGUGCAGGAGUUACACAUCGCGUACCGGUACGGAGAGCACUAUGACAGCGUUCGGAGGGUCAAUGACAACUCAGAAGCGCCCGCACACCUCCAGACUGAUUUUCAGAUGCUUCAUCAGGAUGAAUCGAAUAAAAGAGAGAAGAUCAAAACAAAGGGAGUUGACUUUGAAGAUGACCUGAGAGAUGAAGUAGAAGAUGCUGUCCAGAAAGUUUGCAAUGCAACUGGAUGUUCAGAUUUUAAUUUGAUAGUCCAGAACCUGGAAGCUGAAAAUUAUAAUAUUGAAUCUGCAAUAAUUGCCAUGCUCCAGAUGAACCAGGGGAAAAGAAAUAAUGCAGAGGAGAACCUUGAGCCCAGUGGCCGAGUGCUGAAGCAGUGUGACCCUUUAUGGGAGGAAGGUGGCAGUGGCACCAGAAUCUUUGGAAAUCAGGGCUUAAAUGAAGGCAGAACUGAAAACGAUAAGUCUCGGGCCAGCCCUAGUGAAGAAAACAAGGCAAAUAAAAAUCACCUCCCAAAGGUCACAAACAAACAGAGGCGAGAACAGCAGCGACUAGAGAAGAAGAAACGACAGGAGGAGAGGCACCGUCACAAAGCCCUGGAGAGCAGGAGUAGCCACAGGGACAACAACAGAAGUGAAGCAGACGCGAGCACCCAGGUCACCUUGGUGAAGACCUUCGCGGCUCUCAACAUCUGACUCUGGCCUCCUGGGAGUUGUGAGAAGGGAAUGGAAAGCGGAGGGCCGUGUGCCAGGCUUUCCAGCGAGGCCAUCCUUUUACAAAACGAAACUCAACCCACAGAAUCACACACUGAGUUAGUUUCCUUCAAGCUGCCUCCUUUUUUGUUCACAGUUUUGUCAGUCAUGUGUCUUAUUUAAUGAAAGUGCAGUGAAGCCAUUCAUGUUCCAUAAUUAAAAUAUCAACUUUUAGGGGUGGAUAGUUAGGUCAAAAAACACUUUUUAAGCGUGGUUUUAUUUGCCCUGCAAAUCAGAGUUCGGUGACGCUGGGAUCUUUCCUUAACACUCGGGGUUUCACUGUAAUUGUUCGUGAAGUAGUUUAGAUUAAUUGCUAGAAAUUCAGAAUGACAAGUUUCCUUUGUUUCUCUUUCAUUUUCAAACAGACAUUCAUAUGCAGGAUAGUUUAUAAAUGAUGUCCAACUCAGGUACAUGUUUAGAAUUAACUUUCUUCUAAUGCAAGUUAAUCAGAAAAUAAUUCAGGAAGUGUUUUCCCAAAGUAAUAGGAUGUGAAGGUUGUGGCCUGUAGUCAGGGUGGAAAUUAAACAGCUACGUUUCUCUUCUUCCUGAUUCUGAUGCUCAGAUGGGAUGCAGGUGCUGUUGGUUCGUUUGCCCUCAAGCCAUAUGAUAAAUAGGCCAGACUGUUAAUUAGGCCUGGGCUUUGCUGGAAAAUCUGUAGUGUUGCUGAGUAGUUGGUACUUGUUUCUUGACAACGAGAAGACAGUGUAUCAUCAGUGCUUAUGGUACAGUUCUGGGAUUCUGAUAGAGUGGAGCGCAGAAGCCAUAGUUAUAAAGGCAGAAGUCAAGAGAGUCCUGAGUUUUUGCUCAGGAAGAAGUCUGAAGAGGUAAUUGAUUUGGGGUGGGGGGUUGGGGGUGUCUGGAAGAAUUUCUAAGGCUUUUCAUGUUCACAUUUUAAGUAAGUAACUGUCUUUUCUUCCUUACUAUUCUGGAUUUAGAAAGUUGCCUUCAGAGAAAUAAAAGGUAACUUGACCCAUUGCUGAAUUUUCUUAGUAUUGUGAAAAUGAAAUCCCAUAAAAUGCUGCACUUAACUUCUUUUUAGUUAAGCCCUGUUUGGGGAUUUUGCUGUUCAAAACACUCUCCAGCACCCUCCAGAAGUUGUCAGUGACUUAGAUUAGACUAGCAGGACAUAGAACUUACUUUGGCUGAGGCCUUCAGAUGACUCCACAGUGCUGAAAUAGAUUUGGGCGGUGGAGAGAUUUCAUUCCUCAAACCGAAUUAGGUGGAUGUGAACUUUAAAACUGGAAUGUAUGAAGCGGCCAAUCUUGGACUGUCUUUGCCUUUGGGGGACCUAAUAUUUGGAGAAAUAAUAUAUGCUGAAUCAAAAGGUAAAUUAUUAGUUACCUCCCCCAUCUCAGAUUUCAAAAUUAUCAGAGUUCCGAGGCAAAGAGAAAAACUAUAAAAAGGUUUUGACACAUAUAGACAUAUCAUUGUGUGGGCUGGCCUUGGAUUCAUUGGAUUGUCUUUAUCAGCAGGUGAUUUGCUUUCUGUGGUUUUGGUGAUGUAUUUUAAUUUUUUGUUUGUUUGACUUUGGUGACUUUUUGUGGUUGGAGCAUCAGUGGUCUCUUGGAAGUGCUCCCAGAACAUCCUGGUACAGUACAUCGUAAUAUGUAGCAGAUUUAGAAACUGCGCAGCAUUUUUUCUUUGCACAUUGCGGAGUCCUGAGUUAGAGCCUCUAGUACUCAGUCCAGACAAGUGAGGGGUCUCCGUUGUCUCACUGUCUCCAAGGGAGUGAGGUCCAGUGCUUUAGGAUCUGUUCUCUUGGCUUUUACCUCUGGGCACGUUCCUGACUCUGGCUGAGCAUUUCUGAGUGAGCACUCUUUCUUGUCUGUUUUGUACUGUGAGAGUACAAGAGACCAGAUCCUCUCAGAAAGACUGAUUGUGUACCAGAAAUUCAGCGGAAUUAGGAGUCAGAAAUAGCUUAAGGGAGACCCAUUGUCAGAAGUAGUAGGAGCGCUUUAUUUACUUGGUUAAUGAAGGUGGCCUUGGGCCCUAUUGGGUUUUUGUUUUUUUCCUAUUGGGUUUUAGAAGUUGCUAAAAAGUUGCUAAAGAAUAUUGGACACAUUUAUUUAUAAAUUACCUAAUUCUGAUAAUAGGCUUCAGCAUUUCUUGGGUAAAAUAACAGUGGUUUUAAAAGCUAAUCAAAUGGCUUCAGUAGUUUUCUUUUAUUACCAUUUCAUAGUUUUCCAGUUAUAAUUGGUCUGUGUUUAGUAUGUUAAUUAUUAGGAAUGGGGAACAUGUAUCCAACUUUAGUGAUAACUUCUAGCUAAGGGUUUAAAUUUAGCCUUCACUGCCUCAGUCCCAGCAAAGUACGAGGUAGAUGGAAUCCAUGUCGUACUUGGUUGCCUUGGUAGGCACUUGAGAACUACUUUAUUGGCAGCCAGAAUGGAGGCCCAGCAUGUUUAGUCCUGGGAUGACUGUGGUCAGUGACGGUUACCGGGUAUAGUUACUCAGGUGCACUGCAUAGUAGGAGGCGACUCUGUCUUAACCUCUGUGGCUGUUAGAGGUUUGUUAUGUGGGAUUGUCUCGGUAGCUUUGGUCAGGAGAAGGGGGAUGAGGCUGUGGUCCAUAGCUGCUUACUAGUCUUAUAAACUGUAUAUAAAGGUUUUAUGGAUUUUAAAAAAAGAUUUUUUAAAGGUCAAAAUACGAAAUAAAAUUUUAGUAGCAUCAGCUUUGUACUAGAGAGGUAGAUGUAUUGAAACAACAUAGAAUCACAACUUCUGAAUUAAUAUAGUUGCCACCAGGAGAUAUUAGAGAAUGUAUAUGUAUAUUUAAUUUUUCAAUAAUAGGAACAAAUGCUUUCAGGAGUGAAGUCUGGUUGAAGCAUUGUGGCAGAAAAGAAGAAUCUUAAGUGUUAGUUGAGCUUGUCUAUAGUUUCUUUUAUAAGCUCUGAAAACACUUCCCUACCUAUUGUGAUUCUGAGGGCUUGUGAAGUGGGAGCUCCGUUGUGGGGCAGCUAGAGUGGGCCUUUGUGUAGGUCAUUUCUCAUGGUGCUGCCUGCUUCCCUGGGGAGCUUUGACGGUGGGAAAUGAUAGG